AUGGAAUUACUUACACUUGCACCAUUUGACUUAUCUGCUACAAGCAUUUAUCCGGUGUUUGUAUUGGGCACGCUCACAUAUCUUAUUAUCGUCUUCUGCAACUUGUUGGUACUUGCAACUAUUGCUGUGAGUAAAACAUUACACAAGCCCAUGUUUAUCCUCCUCUUCAACUUGCCCAUAAGUGACGUGUUGGGCAGCACAGCUUUUUUCCCUCAUCUUCUCUUCAGCAUUGUGACACAGAACAGAGUAAUUUCCCAAUCUGCAUGUAUUACUCAGGCUUUUCUGAUUCAUUUUUACGGUUCAGGAAACAUGCUGAUCUUGAGUGCCAUGGCAUACGACAGAUACAUUGCAAUAUGUUGUCCUUUGAGGUAUAAUGCUAUCAUGAGCCCAAAAAAUGUAAUCAGAAUCAUUAUUUUAAUAUGGUUUCUAAAUUUCUCAAUGAUGUUAACUUUGUUUUUGUUGCUUGCACGGUUCAAAAUGUGCAGGACAAAUGUAGUGGAUUUGUACUGUAACAAUCCUUCAUUGAUGAAACUGGUAUGUGAGGACACCAGAAUAAACAACUACUUUGGGAUGCUUUCUAUAGUCCUACUCAUGGGAGGACCGCUGUUAAUGAUAAUAUACACAUAUGCACAGAUUUUGCGAACAUGUGUCAUGACUAAUCAAACCGAUGCUCGGAAAAAAGCUUUUCAGACUUGUGGUACACAUUUAGUUAUUUUUUUAAUCCUACAAAUUAAUACUAUCUUUACACUCAUUGCUCAUCGCAUUCAGAGUGCCUCCCCGUACAUUAGAAGGCUACUGGGUAUAUCAGUCUUAUUAUUUCCCCCUUUCUUGGACCCGAUUAUUUAUGGACUGAAAAUAAAAGAACUGAAGCAGCGCAUAGAAAUGUUCCUAAAAGGGAACAUUUUUUCAACCAAGUUGUAACUAGUUAUCUAUUGUAAUUAGAAGAGUCGUGCUCACUGUACUUUUGUGUUAUAUAUUAUGUUGCCUAAAGAAACUGUUUAUAAAAUCCCCUUUAAAUGGAGACUCCACCAACACCAAUAGGCCAUGUAUUACUGCACCAAGUUACAUGCUUUUUGUUGAUUAUUCCUUUUACGAAUAUGUUGUGUAUUUCUCUGUAUAAUUCCCAUGUUUGUAUGUUUUCGUCAGCACUUCACAGGUUACAGAAGCUUGAGACUGUGGUAAUAGCUGUGUUGUAAGGUGUGGAAAAUGAGCUGUGAACAGUAGACUUAAUGACAAAUCAUUUCAAAACUGCUGAAAGGUAUGUCAUUUAUAUAAUUGAGAUAUCCAAAGGAUCAAAAAAAAAAAACAGCCGCAGAAACAAACCGCAGAACACUGCAGAAACUGAUGCAUUGUCCCUGCCCAAAUGCAUGUAGUGAAAAUGUAUUGAAAUGCAAUAAUACAUGUUACACUCUGUUUUGUAAAUUUUGUAGUAGUGAGUUUGUAUGUAUCUCAUAACGCUGUUUACAU